ACAGACUCCCGUUUGCUAGUGAAGGUCCCAUGCCGCUGCUUGAUAAAAGUGCAGAUCUUCCUUCGAGGUGCAUCUUUAGCUCUCUGCUCCUCGUUGAGACGCUCCCAAAAUCAACCUCAAGGCGUGAUUCUCCUAGAAAUCAAGCCAAGAUGGUUCACAUCAACCCCCUUGGACGCAAUUGGGGAUUGCUGGUCAACUGGGAUGAUCUCGGGAAAAUUUACGCUAGCUUUGCCAUAUCAUGGACCGUCAUCUUGUAUUCGGGAGUUGCAUGGCUUGUCGCCCAUCGAAACCACCCAUAUCUCAAGAUGCGGAAUAUUCCGCUUGCAGUUGCGGCAACCAGCUUCCUUCAUCUGUAUCUGGUCAAGAUCAUGCUGGCGUACACAAUCAACGGACAUUUUCUGUGCUCGGUUGAGUUCUGGAUAAUGAGCAUCUACCUCCCGUUCGGUAUUGCUCUUUUCCAAGCCAAUCAGGUACAGCUGUUGAGUAUCAGUAUUCAGCAACGGAAGCUGCUGGAUGGAGACAGAAGGUCAAUUCGAGGACCUCCACGAGUCUGGGGUCUUCGGUCCAGAUGGCGGAGUCUCUCUGCGCUCAAAAAGACCUACGUCUUCAUUGGCAUAGGAAUGCUGCUCCAGGUCGUGGUAACAACGGCCAUCUUUGCAACAAACCACAAACUACAAGGUCACUGGGGAAAGAUACCGAAAGCACAAGGGCAAGCGGCCUGCCGAAAAGGACCCGAAUGGGUCCCAUCAGCGUUCUGGCAGAUGUUCUGGUCUUGCGUAUAUGGCCCAUACCUCCUCUAUAAGAUCCGAGAUGUCCGAGAUACACAUCUGUGGCGUCUUCAAACCACCCUUUGCGUGAUAUCGGGGAUUCCCGGUUCUCCAAUCUGGCUUACAUCAGUCUUCUCUCCCAAAUUCGCGCCCAUCAAUAGAUACUUCGUGCCGCCUAUGUGGCUCGCCCCAGGCAUAACCGUCAUGCAGGCUUGCACAAUAUUCUUCCCAAUCUACUCCACCUACCGCUCCAACCACCUCUCUAAAACCACCCUCUCGGCCAUCCAAUCCUGGGAAGAAGGCUCUCGCUUGUGCCCCGACUCCACCACACUGGGCUCAAACUCAACACAUACGCACUCCACUCCCACCAUUCAUCAAAAUUCCUCCUUUAGGACCGAGAAGUCGCAGCACAGAGACAACGAAAUGUACGAGAUGACCAUCACGGCGCUGGAGAACGCCAUCGCCAUGAACCCGUUACCGCUCCUCCAGUUCGCAGCCACGAAAGAUUUCACAGCCGAGAACAUCAUCUUUCUCAUUCAAGUCAGAGACUGGAAAACGUUGUGGGCUGCUACGCCAUCACCACCUGCGUUUCAUUCAAGAGCUUUACUUUUCAAUAAAGCGGUUGAGAUAUAUGCGCAGAGCGUGCACGAAAAGCUCGCUAUGUUUCCUAUUAAUAUUGAAGGAGGAAUUCGCAGUCGCCUUGAUGCGAUCUUCGAACCUGCUGUGAAGAACUUGAGGGAAGGGAAUCGGGAGAUAUUCGAUCCGUACAAUGAGAUCACACCGUUUGCUGGGGAUGAAGGGGAGUUGCCGCUCAGUCCCAUGAGUCCUGGAAGUCCUGGAAGUCCUAUGAGAACGAGUUGGCCACUGUCAUCAGCUCCUUCGACGCCAAAAUCAGCCUUUAGUGGUGAAGUGGGGGAAUUUGUCAGGAACAUGGAUGACAUUCCUCGGGAGUUCGAUGAGAAGGUCUUUGAUGCCGCGGAGAAGAGCAUCAAGUAUCUUGUUGUUACGAAUACAUGGAGAAAGAUGAUUAAUGAGAUGAAGGGGAAUUCUAGGACUUCGCACGAGAGUAUGCCAUGAUGAUGGUACGAAUAGAAUGAUAUUGAUUUAGUGUUCGCAGAGUAGGGUGGGGGUGUUUGGACAACGGAUGAUAUCCAUAUCGGUGUGUAUAGUAUAUUCAGGAGUUUUAUGGUGUGUGCUUGGAUUGAGAACGACUUAUGGGCGGAAAAGGUAUUCUUAUGAUCGGAGUUGGGGCAGGUCUGCAGGGGUAAGGGUGGGUGAAGGCGUUCUAGUGCCAAAUGCUGGAGGGUGGAAUCGCAACACCCUCCGUACCCUCUCAUUGAGACAAAUUAACUCUUGUACAUGUUUCAAUCUCUCAAUAUUUGUUCCUUUCGAUACGUGUCCACCCUCUUGUCAAGCAGCGAAUACUUCAAGAAAUGGGUUCCUCGACCUUGAUUUCCCAGGUAAGACAUCU